GUUAGUAGUUCUCUCGGCGCCCGACUAUAAAGUGCAUCACAAGUAAAAGCGCGUUCGUGCCUCCUCCGCGGGGAGUAGCACCGCGGCUACAGCCACAGCCCGACGCCUCAUUACAAAAAACACAAUAUUGACAAAUUUGAAUAUUCGGCAUUGUGAAAAUGAGCCAGAUUAUUUGGACAGCAGUUUAAUCGAGCUUUGAGCAUAUUGUGAUUGUUAUUCAAUUCGCCGGGAGGCAUGCACGUCAGUUGAGUGAUGUGCUUCGUGCCAUGUGAAUGAACCACGACGCGAGUGAUACGACUGUUGUGUUUUUGACACGAGGUGUUUCUUAUUGAAUUUUUGGUGGAGACGGGGUAAGAACGAGGUAGGGUGGAGUGGGGUGUAACAACGGUUCGGGUUGUAUCAGGGGUACAGUGGAGUGUGUUUUUGUGAUUUUUUUUCUUUCGGGGGGUUUUCACGUGUUUUGAGGAGUGAGUGAAACUACACAUGGUUUUGACAACGUUACGCACCAUGUGCGUCGGCUGACGGAACGUGGGACUCAUUUUUCACUCGGUUUUUGAGGGAAUUUUGGAGAGAUGGACAUCUGGAUUCUAGCGGCCGUCGCCUUCAUCGGCGUCGUAUCCUCGGUGGAGGUACACUUCGAGAACAAAGACGGUGGUUUUUUUCUUAAACAUACACCACGUCAAUUCUACCCCUCCCGGGCGGACACAUCAGCGGGUUCAAUUCCAGCUGGUGGAUUAUCGAGUCCACCAUCGUCAGUGGAAUCAAUCCUCUCGGUGGAUAAAUUCACAGUAUUUCAAACGAGUGAGCCAGCGUCAGUGCGUGCGACCUACGGCCCCUUCAGUACAAAACAGACAGUACCAGCUCGUUACAUAGUCCCUGAUCCCCUGGAUGCACUACCAGGUCCUGAUAUCCGAAGAAAUAUCACAUCAUCGAAUGCAGCGCUGAUGGACGCCCAGGAAUUGGGCACCCGUCACCUGGACAUGUCAGCCCACCUCGUUGGUACGAGUGUACCACGUGACUCACCAGUGCUGAGGGUAUUAUUUCACGCUGGUAGUGAGGCAGGGGGUAGACGUCAAGUUUUACUAGCUCGUCAUCAGAGAAUUUGCGUUCUCCUUCAUGCAACACUCCCUGGAAAAUCUCCACUGUCAGCCGCUUGCAGCCCUGACGGCGAAGAUGGAGUUUGUCUAGCUCAAAUCACUAUUCCAGCUGAUUGGUGGCCACCCCUGCCAGCACCCGAUGCCUCGGGACGUGUAAAAAUUACUAAAACACCACCCAGACUACUGCAGGUUGCGUAUUCUGUACUGGAGCCAAGAACAAUUGUCAUUUCUGAUGAGGGUGAGACCUUUGGUGGAUCCCGGGGACAAGUACAGAGUGAUUCUGCUGGUGGCUGUCGCCCUAGGGUGCAGAUCCAACCUGUCACACCUCUCGGCAAAGUGCCACUUGUACCUAAUCGCACGGAUUACAAGGAAUUAAAGGCUGAUGAUGCAUUAACGUUGCUUGUACCACAUGGACCACUCUAUCCGAGGUCCAGGCUUCAUGUCCCUGCGUUCCUUCAUCCCCAAAUUGCACAGGAUACUGUCACCACUGGUGGUGAACAGCGAGAGGUCAAUGGAUCACCUGUCGUCGCUGUUGUUGUCAGGGCCCGUGUCAAGUCAGGCGUAAGAAUUUUAGACGCGACAUCAAGCAACCCAAACUGGAUUCUUACAUCGGACAUUAAUGCCAAGAACACAUUUGCAACAUUCACAGUGAGGAGAAAGGAGAAUGCACCCCGGCCAUCAAAUACGACUGCUGAGGAGAUUAUGACGAUGCUACUCGAAGCGAGUGAGGAAGGGGCUGGUAGCAGCAGCUGGGACGGGGGUAGAAUUACGUGGAGUGUGCGAUACACUUUGGAAGGUGAUGAUGAUGACAUUGCAAUGCAGACUAGAACGGGCUCGUCUGAGACUCUUCAGUUUCAACGACAACAACAGCAGCAUCAUCAUUAUCAUCAUCACGUUGAGAAGAAAAGGCGCCAGGCACGACUAGAGAUCCAGAAGGACGACAUCCAAGCUGUUCUGCCCAUUUCCAAGAACUGGGAAGUUAUGAAUACUGCAGUACUUACGGGUCGACAAGUAUCUCAGGCGAUGAAAGUUUUCAUUGUCAGCCAAGCCGGUACCGUCGCCGAUGUGACACUUCAAUCGUCCUGUCACUCCGAGGAUGAGAGUGUUCUCAAGGUCUCAUCGUCGUGCAGCAGUGUUUACGUUGAUGGAUCGGAAAUUCGAGGAUCUAGUAAUGCCUCGGUGAUCGUUAAAUACGGUACAUACACAGGCUUAGCGACAUUCACAGUGUGGAUGCCAGAGUUUCCCCUGGAAGUGACGGUGAGUGACUCGAGGCUGAGUCAGAUAAAGGGUUGGAAGGUGCCAGAUGGUCAUACGAUUCAGAAAAACAAGAGAUCGUUGAACCACACGGACAGCGCCGAAGUGAAGAGAAGAAGUGUGACAGGAAUGGAUGAGGAAGAUGAGGAGGAGGAUGACGUGGAUGCAGAGAGAUUCCGAGUGGAUGACCACUGGGACUCGGUAAAUUGGAUCGAUCGUAGUCCACUCCAGGCCACCUGUAGACUGAGAUUUCAACAGAGCCCUGUUGAGGUUCACGCGAAAUUUCUAGCCGCUGGACACGACUCAGGACGUGAAUCCUAUUUCGUUAAUCGUCGGACAUGGCUCAGAGUUACUGAUCUCGUUGUUGGAUUACUCAGGGUCUCUGAUCCACGCAUUGCUAAUCUACUCCAGGACAGGAGUGUACAGGGGAGGGGUGUGGGAAGGACUGAGGUACAAGUGCUGUCACCGAUAACUGGGCGGGUCAUCGGUGCCAAGGAAAUUCGCGUUGGCAAUGAUCGGGUAUCUAUUUCGAGACUCUCGGUUAAAGUUGUUUCUGGAUUGCAGUUGAGCAUUAGCCCGGACACAGCUAUUGAGAAUGGAUAUGUGGCCGAAACUUCUGUCACCAGACGAUUAACUGCUCAGUAUCAAGAAGGGCUCCUAGACAUAGACAUAGAGUUCUCCGACGCCACAAAAACUCCUCUCCGUGAUAUAUCCGUGGCGGAUUAUCACCUUGUUGUGGAGAGUCUCGACCCAGAAGUUGUUGCAUUUGCCCCAAUGGUUGCCUCCCAUCAUCCCCGCGUAAUAGCAGUUGGUGAAGGACGCGGUGAUUUGUUGCGUGUCACCCUCCAGUUGUCGGAGGCUUGCAGAAUGUCACAAACAGGAACAAGAAGAUCAAAAAGUCCAAGGACAAAUGCAGCAUCCCCGAAUUUGGCAACAGCAACCGCAAACGUUGAAGUGGAUUUUGCUUCGAGUGACCUGCCACAUCGACCCGAAUUCGUCCAGAAUGAUGGUGGGGGUGCAGUUCAAGGCUCAUCCCAUCAUCACAGAGAAAGAAAAACGGGACGCGAGGUCGCACCAGAUUUACACGACAUUCUCAUUGGUGGAGUGGGUGGAGUUGGAAUCCAUCAUCACCCUGAAAAGCCAGUGACACCACUGGAAAUCGGCAUGUACGUUCUCCUAGCUGCAUUCUGCUUUGCAAUUGUUGUAUUCGUGAUAUCCUGUGUGGUUUAUGCGAAUAAAUUUAAGCCCCAGCCAUCGGAUUCACCGAUGCAGAGUCAUCCAGUAUUAGGUGCUGUUAGAGCAAGAGCAGUUGCAGCAAGCCAACAAUUAUCAUCAGGUCGUAGACCCCGCGAGUCAACUACAAAUGCACACGAUUGGGUCUGGCUUGGUCGAGCUACCCUAGAACGUGCAGCUUGUGCCCCUCAGCAGGUACGCGUAACGAAUAACCCACUGGCUGGUGAAACCGAGGACGAUACUGCCGUUGACUUGGGGACUAGCUUUGAUAAUCCAAAUCACAUAGAAUUACCGACGUCUAGUCGUCCUGCUUCAUCGGUGGCUAUCGACACAACAACUUACUGCAAAAAGGAUAAACCGAAAAGCUUCUCUGGUAGUAAAGUCGGCAAAACCCAGGGGGGAAAGUCCACUGGAGCUGUCACUGCUUCACCGAAGAAUGGAAACGACUCAGCGAAAGACACGCCACCGCCUUUACCACCCCACGGUGUUCAGCCAGGCUCACCUCCGGAUACCGAUAACAACAACGAGGACUACAAGCCACCAGUGCCACCGCACAGAAACACAGGUGUAAACGUGCGCCUGCCAGAGACACCAAAGAAACAUCCCCACAGAGUAUCAGGUAGUAAUCACCAGGGUAAUCAUCGUCACGUGAAACAUCACCACCAUCAUCACGGUAAGAAUCACAGUAAAAGCACAAAAACAGAUGAAGGACAAAGUGGAGCUGACAACGAUGAGGAGUUCGUUGAGCUGAGAAAUCACGAUGAAAAGCCAAACAAAGAGUUAAAAUCAGCGAGAGAAGUUAAAAGGGCGACAAUCGUUGGUAAUCCAAUGUUCUCAUCAUCGAGUUCAUCAUCAUCCCAGGAGCACGAAGAGCCAGUGCCACUGGAGGAUUUAAAUCUUGGUAUGGAUUACAACCAGAUAAUGCAGUACUUCGACAACCUCAAGGAGUCGAAUGCCUAGGUAUUGGCCUCUCUCUACGACUUGGUGGAUUCAGAACGUCCGAUAUGAUCACGAAUGCGUGGAGAGGGCACAAGUUCUUCCUCGAUCAUACUUCCCAACGAUCGAUACAGAUUAUUAAACCUGGGAAAAAUACCAUCAAAUGACUUCCUCGAUUAAAGGAUAUUGCCGCACAUAUCCAAGGAGUCGUUGCAUAAGAAACGUAUAUGUACGAUUUAAUAUAUUCUAGUCAGCUUCCUAGCAGCACUUAAAUUUAUGCGUGUGUUAACGACUUUAACCCUCUACUGGUAACAAAGCCUCUUGUCAGUUUAUUCUCGUUGGUUUAUUCGUGAACAAAUGUCGAGUACUAGGAAAAUUUCAUUGCUGGUUCUGGUCUCAUUGAAACUAACAACUUUUAACUGGGAAUUGAGGGGCUUCAAUCCCUCAGGCUGUCGAUUAUAACUUCAGUUCGUCAACAAUAUUUCAGAGACUACGAGAAGGUGUUACGAUUUUUUUUUUCUUCUUCCUUUUCUUUAUUUAUUCCCUGGGUUAUAAAUGAGAAUUUAUUGUUGGUUACCAGUUGAGAGUUAGAGAGACUCGGUGGCUUGUCGUACGUAGUCUGCGAUUCACAGAUGCAUCUGUCGAUAGAUCUCAAAGUUCUUCCGUUAAACCUCAUAAAAUCAACGCGAUCAAUAAUUGAAUGUUGAUUAGUGGCGAGAAAAUGAUCGACUGAUUAACUCUGUGUUCCUCGAGUCAUAUCACCUUUAAAUUAUCUCAUAUCUAUCAUUCUUCCCUCCCCCAUCAUCAAAGCAUAAUGAGAAAAUCAACUGCACAGAUGAAAUAUAAUGCACAUUUAUUUUUCAAUUAGCGAAAAUGAAGGAAAAUGAAAAACGUCUAACUACACCGAGUUACGUUUCCUAGAAAACGAUAUAAAUGAACAUAAAAAAAAAAUGAAGUAUUUAUUCAAUUGACGAGCGCGUCGUAAACAUUUGUAAAUUUUACUUUGUAAGAUUUUGUACAUAUAUUAUAGUUACGCGAAUAGUACAAGAAAUACGAUAACCCGAUGUAUUUAGUAAUCUGUAAAUGUUUAUUCACCGAUGUGAAAUAAAUCGUUCGUAUUUGCCUCCCCCGAAUGAUAUUAAUUGGAGCUAUUUAUUAUCAUUUGAGUGAUAAAUUUCAUUGAUCAAUCGUACUCAAGGGUGUUUAUCUGUAAAAUCAAAUCGGUGUAAGCAUUUAACGACAGAGCCACGAGAUAAUUCCACGAAAUAUCGAAACCUCGACGCGCGAUUUCCAAAUUGUUCCCAUGAAAAAUUACGAGGGUGUAAUUAAAUUGAUGAAAAAAAAAAACAUUAAAAAUAAAUAGUGCACGUCGAGCUGCCGCUUCCUUGCUCCCGGAACUCUGUAUUGAACGUUCCAACGGUCUCGACUAAAGAGCGUAAAGAUAUUUAUUUGAGAAAUAAAAAAAUGGCAAAAAAAAAACGUAUAAAAGAGCUUGGCUAUGUUAUGAACGUUCUACGAAUAAAAAAAACUUAAUGAACUAAGGAAAAAUUGUAUAUCGCAUUUAAAGGCUGCUGGUGGCACAUCAAUGCCACCGUAUCACGUUAAUUAUAAGUCAAUGUGAACCACGAUUGGUAGAAUUAUUAAUCCAGUCGAGGGCUGAGUGAGCGAUAAAUAUACUAGGCUUUUAUGGUCUAUAUUUCUAAGUACCUAUUGAGGAAUAAGAUUAAUUGUGUAGAUUGCGCCGUGUAGACUAUUAUUCAUAGAUGGGGAGGAUUGCCGAGAUGUACGUAAUUGCGCAAGUGUCUUUGGCACUAUUUUAAUGCAAUCCACCCCUCUGCCCACACAUUCUAGUCCAUAAUUUAACAUUAGAUUUAAUAAAUGAAAAAAGAAACUACAAAAUAUGCGUUCGUUUCAUGAUAAGACAGAGAGUCAAUCAAUGCACUCAGAAAAAUAACUUAUUUGACUCAAAUUCAAUAUUUUUUGUAUUAUUACGAACAAUUAUUCCUAAAUUUAAGUAGACGGCUCGAAAUAAUUUUUUGGUGACUUAGAAUACGAUGGUUUUUUUAAAAUUUCAUGCACAUUAGAAUUAAGGGAAUCAUUUGGUGGAAAAAAAAUCAUUUGAUUUGAAUAAAUUGGUUCUCUGAGUGCGGGGGUCAGGAAAAAAUCGGUAUCGAAGUGAUCAAAUUACGUGGAUUGACAAAAUGGAAAAUUCCACGACCCAUUCUAUCACUUGGGCACUGAAAUUUAUUGUUUGUUUUUUUUUUUAAUGAAAGCAAUAGCUUGAUGCAACAGCGUAGUUAAUUUCAUAUGGAAAAUAUCUACGUUAUAUCCACUCUGCAUAGAACCUUCGCUUAGGGAUACUCAUAAUUGUCCUACCUCGUCGUAGCAUAACUCAUUCGAAAUAAACAUUUCGUUGCAAUUGUGAAGAUACAAGCAACCUUCCUCACGAAAAUAAACAUAUUCAAAUGAUUACACGUUAAUCAGGCAUCGAAUGAUAAUUUAUCGUUGAUUGGUAAAUUUUAUUGACCACAAUUGCCUCCAUAUUUUGUAUCAUCCCCACCAACACGUCCCAAUAGAAUUUCAAUCAAUCGAUUUGAUGGUAAUUAUCGAGAGCAUUUAUUCGCAGAGUAAAUUAACCGAGUAGACGUGGGACGAUAUUUAUCACGGGAUGUUUGUCACUGGGAUUAAUGGAGAUUUUUUUUUUCCGAGGGAAUGAAUAUGGAAAGUAGGGGAGAGAAUGAGCAUGGGAGUGGAAUGUAAUUCGUUGAGAAGUGGUGAAACGUCAUAAUUCUUUUUUUUAUAUCGAUGAUUAAAACGCACAAUUAGCAGAACCCAAAUGAAAUUAAAUUAUUCUUUACGUUUGGUUAUCCGUCGAAUAAUUCUGAUAAUGAAGAAGAUGAGGUUUUUCAAGGACUUACCACUUCUCCACUAAAUCCUCGUAUUAAAAUGAUCCUGCAUCACUAAUAUACGUGUAUUCGACUAGAUUGAUAACAGCUUGUGCUAAUAAUCGAGAGAAAAAAAAAACGGUAAUGAACGUCGCUGCUCCAUUUAUCAAGCUCUGUAAACGCUAUUAAGUAUUAAGAUAAACGACUGUCGCCUAUUGAAUGUACAAUAUGUAGUAUUUACCUGUUGUUACCACCAAACCGUCAGCAAAGAAUAUUUAAAAAAAAAUAUUGUAAUUGUA